AUGGAAUUGGUGAACGAAGGACAUGUGCAGCGGGGUUCUUGGAGAUUCCGAAUUAUUUGCCUCUUACCACCCUUGAUCAUACAUCUGCUGUCGGCGAGUGCAUUAAGCUACGUGCACGGAAAAUCUACCACUCCCGCCCUGAGUCCCGAUAUUUGUUCCGUGAUGUUUCUGAUCGCCACCAGCUUCACCGUGAGCCGAUUCCUCGAGCAGAACAUCCGUGCCCAUAGUGAUGUAAUGUCCGUCGGCAUCAUGGAUGAUGCGGAUCGCAUGGCAGCGAAACUGGAAGCCCGAUUGAUUGCGCUGGUAAAGAUUCUCGGCAACAUCAUCGCCUGCGAUUUAUCGCUACGGUUGGUAUGGAUACCAAUCCAGUAUGCUUUGUGGUGGAGUCACAAGAAAUUGCUGGCAUUGUUGGUGAAAGCGACACUUUUUGGAUUAAAGUAUAACUAUCGAACCGAGACCAUCUACCUACGACUACUGAGGGCUGCCAGUACAGCUAAAGGAUACACGUGGCUGCGCUUUGUAACUGCCAGCUCUAUUUUGCAUAUUGCUUACUCAAGAAUCAAACAUUCCCGCCCCAGCGUCUCCUCUCAAGGACACCCACCUAACGGAAACCAAAUGCUGUUGGGUAAUUCGGAUCAUUUAAUUCAUCCAACUCCAAAACUCCUUCCUGUCACGUUGCAAUGACUUCCAUCCUAUCUAUCAUUAUCGCGGCCCUGCUCCACUACUCGCUCGGUGCAGUAUUCAUUACCGUCAGCCCCGUUUCCCAUCGAACACAACACAGCCAUCUGCAUGCAUGUCUCAUCCUGCUAAAUCUAUGCUCCAGCGGCCUGUGGCUAUCCCAGUGGCCUCUCUUUUCCCUUCGCUACCGUCGAAAGCUUCCACAACCGGUGCGGACGGUCGCUGAAGUCACACUCAAUCUGGCAGUGUUUGAAGUAGUUCGCUAUAAGCUGUGGCACCCGAUGCAAAUGCUCGCCUGCGUUGGCACCAAGUGGUUUAUUACCAGCAGUCUGGCCAGGGACGCCGGUGGAGAACUUCUGCUGGAGACAAUCCUUUCGUCCAUCUCAAUACUCGCCUUCUGCUACAGUGCCAUCGGAACCGGGUAUUCCGAUCGAUGGUUACGGUCAUCCGGCGUAUGGAUGGAGUCCAUGCGCUACCGAAUGUUUGGAAAUCGACCUGAGCAAUCGAAUGGUUCGGAGCAAUACAUGCGACUUCAGUUAGCCGAACAACCCGUAACCUUGGCCUCUCAGCAGGCACCGCGGGUACGCAAUCGGCGACCCUAUCGCAGCCGUUCAAGAUCCGGAAGGCGUGCAACAACCAUGCGAACGAGGUCGAUGACAAGA